AUGGAGGGAGGACCCAUGUCUGAGGAAGAAGAGAGCAGAUCUUCGAAUUCUGGAGAGGACCAACCCAAUGAAAGGUCACCCGACGACACUGACCGAGAGGCGUCGGCAUCUGGGUCAGGUGGUCGCCAUAGCAACAUGGAUGGAGGGGCCAUUUCUCAGGAGGAUGGGACAACAUCUCUAGAUUCUGCAGCACACAUCGACACAGUCAGCCAUUCCGUGUAUCCAACCGGUGAAGACGCCUUGGCUUGGAAUGACUGUCUCCAGGACUUCUUCAAGACCGAUGAAGACACGACAAGAGUAAUCCAGCAGAGCUGGCCAAGUAACUUACUGGUUAAGCACCUCAUCAGGGACAGUGAAGCAAAGGAUGCCUUCCAGUUCGUACAUGACAGCAUACGGCAGUACUUCAUGGCAGUGUGGGUAGCACACACAGUCAGAACCCAGACUGACUGUACAGAACUCCUGAGAGUUUGUGCUGAGAAGUCAGCCCACCUGCCCAUCACCUGUUACAGCCUUGCUCACCUCCUGGGCAUGGCAGACUCUCCUCCAACAUACCUGUCACAGUUUACUUUUCAAAACAUAAGGGAGAUAGAUCUCAGUCACAAUGCCAUUAGUGACGAGGCAGUGUCUGAUCUUGCUGAGGGUCUUGGUUCAUGUCAGAAGCUAAAGAGGGUAGACCUUAGCCAUAACAAGUUGUCUGACAAGGGAGACUUUUUGCCACCCCUCCCCAACUUGGAGGAGAUAGAUCUAAGCCACAAUGUCAUUAGUGAUGAGGCAGUGUCUGGUAUUGUUAAAGGUGUUGGCUCAUGUCAAAACCUAAAUCAUGUCAAUCUUGAAUAUAACAAGAUCUCCAACAAGGGAGCAUUAUUGUUGUUGCUGCUGCUACAGGAUCAAUGCAAACAGAUUCAGGUGGAGAUUUCUGGGAACAACAUCAGUGACAAUCUUCUUAUCUCUAACAGACAAAAUGCUCUCCAGGACUUCGAGGGGAUAGAUCUCAGUCACAAUGCCAUUAGUGACGAGGUAGUGCCUGCUCUUGCUGAAGGUCUUGCUUCUUGUCAGAACCUGAAGAAGGUGAACCUUAGUUAUAACAAGUUGUCUGAUAGGGGAGACUUCUUACCUCCCCUCCCCGACUUGGAGGAGAUAGAUCUCAGUCACAAUGCCGUUAGUGAUGAGGCAGUGUCUGGUCUUGCUAAGAGUCUUGGUUCAUGUCAGAAUCUGAAGAAGGUGAACCUUAGCCAUAACAACUUGUCUGACAGGGGUGACUUCCUACCUCCCCUCCCCAAUUUGGAGGAGAUAGAUCUCAGCCACAAUGCCAUCAGUGAUGAGGCAGUGCCUGGUCUUGCUGAAGGUCUUGGUUCUGAUGCGGCAGUUCCUAGUCUUGCCAAAGGUCUUGGUUCGUGUCAGAAUCUGAAGACGGUAGAUCUUAAAUACAACAAGUUGUCUGAUGUUGGGGAACUGAUAGAAGCUUUUAUCAAACUUCCCUUCCUGGACAAUAUACAUAUUGCUAACAAUGCCAUCCUCGAUGAGUCCCUCUCCAACAUAGCUGCAUGGCUGAAGGUUAGAACAGAUGUGGAGCGAGUCUACUUGUACGACAAUAGCUUCAGUGCUGAAGGGGUCAGAGAUUUUGUGAGAACCAUUAAGGGAAAGGCUUACAGUGGUUACACACUCCUGUAUGACGGCAGCCUGGCUGAUGAGGGCAAGCUUGAGGAAUCCGAUGGGGAGGAUAUACGAAAGGAGGAACAGCAGUGGGACAGGCUGUGGAUGGAGACAGCUGCAUGGCUGAAAGUUAGGACGACUGUGGAGGACGUCAGGUUGUUUUACAACAGGUUCAGCGCCGAAGGAGUCAGAGAUUUUGUGAGAACCAUGAAAGGCAAAGUUUACAUGGAUAACAGACCCCUGUAUGACGGCAGACAGGUUCAGAAUGUAGAAGAGGAGGAACAGCAGUGGGAGAAUUUGAGGAGCGAGACAGCCUUAACAGUUAUAAGGAGUGAGGAACACCUGACGUCAGAGAUACAUCUCGAGUAG